AGAGAGAGAGAGAGAGAGAGAGAGAGAGAUGGAAUUUGGAGACAGACAGGAGACUAGAUUGGUCAUAGAUGAUGGGUGGGCUGUAUCGUCAUCAUCUUCUUCUUCAUCUUUUCCUCCUUUUGCUUCCACAAGCCUGUGCAGAAUUUGCCAUGAAGAGGAGGAAGAGAGCUCCACGAGCAUGGAAUCCCCUUGCGCUUGUUCUGGGACGCUGAAGUUUGCUCACAGAGAAUGCAUUCAGAGGUGGUGUGAUGAGAAGGGAAGCAACGUUUGUGAAAUUUGCCUUCAGAUAUUUGAACCAGGCUAUACCUUUCCUGAGAAGAAGGCAAAACUGGAUGUGGCAGUGACCAUCAGAGGAAGCUUGGAGAUCCCCAGACCAAAUUAUGAUCCUGAAAACCAAGGAUUCGUCAUUGCAAGUGAUGAUGCAGCAGGCUCAAACUAUCCAGAGUGCUCUGCCGCAUCAAGUAGAAGUGUCUCGUGCUGUCGAUAUGUGGCUAUCAUGUUUACAAUUAUGUUGCUGAUCAGGCAUUUCAUCACAGUGACAACAGUCGGAGCUGAUCAAUUUCCAUUCAGCAUUGCUACGGUGUUUCUGCUAAGAGCUAGUGGAAUUAUACUUCCCUUCUAUUUAGUAAUGCAGUUCAUAUCGGCAGUUCAGCUGGCACAGCGGCAGUAUCAGAUCGAGCAGCUCCAUAGAAGAAUUAAUUCUGGCGGAUUGGAGGAAGAGGAUGAGAUCGAACACCACCCAAUCAGAUCAUGAUAAUGACUGUUUAUGAUGUUUAGUCUGAAACCACAUAUUUAUUCUUCACUUAUUUAUCUCUUUUCUUGUUCAUUCUGAUACCCUUCUUUCUUUAUUUCACCAAACCAUUACAAGGGAGAGAGAGAGAGAGAGAGAGAGAGAGAAGCUCUGUCCAUUUGUAUAUAUGUGCUCCAAAUGAAAGACCGACCGCAUGGUCUUCAAAGUUGUACCUUCCAUUCUACCUUACAACAAAAGGUCAUUUACUUGAA